UCACCUAAGCACUCUGGAUGCGUACAUGUAAAGAGCAGAUGCAAUGUCAUGCCUGCCUGACAUGACAUGACAUGACACGCUCCCGCGUUCCGCGUUUCAAGCGCGCACGCGGUGGCGGUCCCUUCACUUUAUUUCACUUCUUCAGCGCGCAUGCUCGUGACACGCCACCGCGGCCAUGGAGGCGAGGCUUGGAUGUGGGGUUUGGUUUGGUUUGGUUGUGCGUUGGUAGGGAUAAGGACAUGGAUGGACGGAGAUGGGGAGAUGGGUGGAUGGACGGACCGGUGCUAUGCUAUUACCUAUGUGUUUGAUGUAAAGUGCUUUGCUGAGACAACCUACGCGCCCCGCUGUCGCGCACUCAAACACAAAAGUGGGUAGGCAGUCUGCUUGUUGAAAUAAGUGCCAUACUGCGUGCCUAGUACCGCCCUGCCUGUCUGGCUACCU